AUGAUAUUUUUCAAUUAAAAAAAUCUAACGUGUAUGUUUAGUUUUAAACAAAUUCUCUUCAGUUCCCAUCUUGAUCGUUUAACAAGUGGCCAUCAUCAUUAUCAUUAUGAAAAAAAUCAUCGAAUGUGUACCUAAUUUUUCCGAAGGUCGAAAUCGUCAGAUUAUUGAUGCAAUCGCUGAUGCAAUUCGUUCUGUUCCUGGUGUUACUUUAUUGGAUGUAGAUGCUGGUCAAUCGACUAACCGUACGGUAUAUACGUUUGUUGGUGAUCCGGAUACGGUAAUAGAUGGAGCAUUAGCUGCUGCACAUGUAGCAUAUAAAUUAAUCGAUAUGAGUAAACAUCAUGGUGAACAUAAACGAUUAGGAGCAAUGGAUGUUUGUCCAUUCAUACCAGUCAGUGGUGUGACCAUGGAUGAUUGUGCUGAUUGUGCACGACGAUGUGCAAAACGAUUAGCUUCGGAAUUGGAUAUUCCUGUCUAUCUUUAUGGAUUUGCUUCCAAACAAGAUUAUCGACGAGAAGUUCCACAAAUUCGAAGUGGAGAAUAUGAAGGCCUUGCUGAAAAGUUAAAAGAUCCAUCAUGGACGCCGGAUUAUGGUGAACCGGCAUUCAGACCACGAUGGGGAGCUUCGAUUGUUGGUGCUAGAAAAUUUUUAAUUGCUUACAAUGUCAAUUUAGUAUCGACUAAAGAACAAGCCCAUCGUAUAGCGUUGAUAAUUCGUUCGAAUCGUAUGGAUGGUCAAAAAGGAAGAUUAGAAGGCGUCCAAGGUAUGGGUUGGUAUCUGAAAGAACAAAAUAUUGCUCAGGUUACGGUGAACAUAUUGGACUAUGAAAUUACAUCCAUACAUAAGGUUUACGAAGAAGUUUGUAAGGAAAGCUUAAAAUUGAAAUUGCCCGUGACUGGCAGUGAAAUAGUUGGACUUAUACCAUUGAAAGCUCUUUUGGAUGCUGCAGAAUAUUACAUUGAAAAAGAAUCAUUAUUUGUUCUAGAAGAAGAUCAAAAAAUACAUUUGGCUAUUAAUAGAUUAGGUUUGAAUUCGAUUGGACCAUUUGAUCCGAAAAAACGUAUUAUUGAAUAUCUGAUCAAAGAAGAUGAUCCAGAUAAAUUGGUAAAUCAAACAUUUGCCAAUUUUUCUUGGAUGGUAGCCGAUCGUACUAGUGCACCAGGUGGUGGAUCAGUUGCAGCUGCAGUAGCAUCACUUGGUUGUGGAUUAUCAUCAAUGGUCGCCAAGCUAUCGUAUGGCAAAAAAAUGUUUGAACAUACAGACGCACAAAUGCGUCGAUUAAUACCAGCGUUGCAUAAUGCUGUGGCCAAAUUUCUAUCAUUGGUUGAUGAAGAUACCAAUUCAUUUAAUAAAUAUUUCGAAGCUAGAGCUUUGCCACAAGAUAGUGAAGAUAAUAUCAUCAAACGAAAAUCGGCAAUGGAAGCUGGACUCCGUCAUGCAAUCGAAAUACCAAUGACAACAGCAAGAAUUAUAACAAAAUUAUGGCCAAUCAUUGAGGAAUUAGUUGAAAUAUUUCAUCUACCCACUAGUAGCGAUAUAAUGGUCAGUGUACAUUGCCUAAGAACAGCUGUAUAUGGAUGUGCAUAUAAUAUAUUCAUUAAUCUAAAAGAAACGGAUCAAAAAUCAACACUUCGUGAAGAGAUGGGUAAUGAAAUUCGUAGCCAUAUUGAUAUAGCCGAACAAAUGACUGAAAAAAUUUUGGCAAGGGUCGAAGAACGCAAUCCAAUAAUGAAUAAUUGAAAAAAAUAAAAAUAUUUUAUUUUUUUUCAAAAAUUUUUUUAAUUGAACAAGCCAAACUUGACAAAUAAAGAGCGAAAGCAAAAGAGUGACAAAAA